AUGCCUUUUGUUUCUUAUUCAACUGGUACCAUACUCACCAGCCUCCUUCCCAGCCUCAGUCCCAGCCCAGCCCCAGCCUCAGUCCCAGCCUCAGUCCCAUCCAACGUCCCAGCCUCCGUCCCAGCCUCAGUGCCAGCAUCAGUCCCAGCCUCAGUGCCAGCCAACGUCCCAGCCUCAGUCCCAGCCUCAGUGCCAGCCUCAGUCCCAGCCCAGCCCCAGCCUCAGUCCCAGCCUCAGUCCCAUCCAACGUCCCAGCCUCCGUCCCAGCCUCCGUCCCAGCCUCAGUCCCAGCCCAGCCCCAGCCUCAGUCCCAGCCUCAGUCCCAUCCAACGUCCCAGCCUCCGUCCCAGCCUCCGUCCCAGCCUCAGUGCCAGCCUCAGUCCCAGCCUCAGUGCCAGCCAACGUCCCAGCCUCAGUCCCAGCCUCAGUGCCAGCCUCAGUGCCAGCCUCAAUCCCAGCCCAGCCCCAGCCUCAGUCCCAGCCUCAGUCCCAUCCAACGUCCCAGCCUCCGUCCCAGCCUCCGUCCCAGCCAACGUCCCAGCCUCCGUCCCAGCCUCCGUCCCAGCCUCAGUGCCAGCCUCAGUCCCAGCCUCAGUGCCAGCCUCCGUCCCAGCCUCCGUCCCAGCCUCAGUGCCAGCCUCCGUCCCAGCCUCCUUCCCAGCCUCAGUCCCAGCCUCAGUCCCAGCCUCAGUGCCAGCCUCAGUGCCAGCCUCAGUGCCAGCCUCAGUCCCAGCCUCAGUCCCAGCCUCCGUCCCAGCCUCAGUGCCAGCCUCAGUGCCAGCCUCAGUGCCAGCCUCCGUCCCAGCCUCAGUGCCAGCCUCAGUCCCAGCCUCAGUCCCAGCCUCCGUCCCAGCGUCAGUGCCAGCCUCAGUCCCAGCCUCCGUCCCAGCCUCCGUCCCAGCCUCCGUCCCAGCCUCAGUCCCAGCAUCCGUCCCAGCCUCAGUCCCAGCCUCAGUGCCAGCCUCAGUGCCAGUCUCAGUGCCAGCCUCAGUGCCAGCCUCAGUGCCAGCCUCCGUCCCAGCCUCCGUCCCAGCCUCAGUCCCAGCCUCAGUCCCAGCCUCCGUCCCAGCCUCAGUGCCAGCCUCAGUCCCAGCCUCCGUCCCAGCCUCCGUCCCAGCCUCAGUGCCAGCUUCAGUCCCAGCCUCAGUCCCAGCCUCAGUCCCAGCCUCAGCCUCAGUCCCAGCCUCCGUCCCAGCCUCAGUGCCAGCCUCAGUGCCAGCCUCAGUCCCAGCCUCCGUCCCAGCCUCAGUGCCAGCCCAGCCCAGCCCCAUCCCCAGUCCACGAACCUUGGCCAGGCCAGUUCAAAGACGUAGACUCUUUAUCCGAAGAAACCUCGUUGUGGACUCGUUUAAGGGCCCCAUCAAAAGGUAA